AUGGGAACGAUUUUUGAGUUGUCGCCGACAGAUUUGCACUCUUUGGCGGCGACACUCAGGCCAAAAAUGUCCCAGGGCGACGUUGGAGAUGUUGCCGGAUUGCAGUCCAAGGUUAAAGUCCCAUACAGGCUCUUGACUUUAAAUUUCCAAUGUUGGAAGGUUGGCGACCAGGGCUGCACGGAAGAGAAAUUUAAGUGAAAGGAACAAAAAGUUUUUUGGAGAAGACGGAAUUCCGUGCAACUCUGCUGGGGACGUUGCGGAAAACUUUCAACAUAAAACUAUUCAAAAUAAGGAUCUUUCGACUUCAAACUGGAGCUUUCCGCACUUGAGAGUUUUCAAACUGGCUACUUUAAAGUUGAUUGGACGAUUUGGCAAAAAAAAAUUUCUUCUUCAAGCUUGGAUCGAUGGAGUUUUAACCAUCAAGCAUCACCAUUAUAUCAUCAUCAGUGUUAGAGAACUUCAAAAAACGCGUUUCACAGUUCGACCUUCAGUAAUCAACUCAGGUCACCGAGUGGCUGCUUCUGAACGGCUUGUCCACCCUCCACAGAUGGACGCGCAACGACGUCGGCUGGGAGAUUCCGAAGGCCGCAGAGGACUGCUCGUCCUGCCAGCAGUUCAAAACGCGUCACAAAUGUAACAGUCGAGGGAAAGCUCAAAAGAGAGGAAGGACUUGCAGACAUGCCGAAAGCGAUCGUCGAACAACCCAAGACGCCGACGGUGGAGAAGCCGCCAUUGUUGGUCACCUUCGACAUGAAGAGCAACGAGGUCGGACCUUCGAGGUGGACGAAGGCUCCUUCGACCGUUCGCAAGUUCUUCUUGCAGCACUGCGCGGAAGUACUACGAGACUCCCGGGGACUGCGCGACGUCGUGCGGAGAGUGCUGUCUCAAGCCGUUGGUCGACUGCUUCGCCAUCUGGCGGGUCUGCUGCUUCUGCUGUCGAGGAUGA